CUCAGAUUUGACUGCACCCGCCUCUGCGAGUCUGGCGCUGCAGUGCAAGUUCUUGCCGUGCAUCGUCUCCCACCGUCGUGUGGCAUCGUGCUCCUCACUCACUCACCCGGGACCCCCCUCAGUCGGUCGAUAUCUCUCUGCUCUUACAAGAAACAACCAUCACUUCAACUCAGCAAUAUGGCACCACCGAUGACUGCAGUCCAGGGCGGCGCAGGUCCCUUUGCCUAUGGGGGUGCUCCCAACGCGUCAACCUCGACAGCCCGCUCACGACCACAACUGUCCCGAAAGAAGCUUAACGCAGACGAUGCAGCAUAUCAUGCGCCACCGUCCGCGUCCGCUGCGGGGGCGAAACGGACGGCCACAGAGCGGGCGGACGGCGAGCCGCGGGCGAAGCGGAAGCGCGUCGACGCCUCUUCCAACGCGGCCUCCGCGAGCGGUGCAGGGAACGGUGCUAGCGGGAGCUCAGGGAUGGGCGGGGGAAAGAAGGACCAGACAAACGGCGAGGGCAAAAUCAACCUGAUCGACUUCUCUACGCUGCCGUCGGAGGCGGUAUUCGAGUAUCUUGUGCAGUACGACCUCGUCCCCGACGUCGAGCCCUCGCCGCUGAGCCCAGUCGACCCGCCGCCGCCCUCGGCGCUUCUCCGCCCCCCGAAGGCCCGGCGGCACGCGUCCACGGCCUCGCCCGCGCCCUCGCUUCCCAUCACGCCUGCGAACCGUCCGAGACGCGAGGUCCCCGCCCGGAGGCGGAGUGCGCGGCUCGUCGAGGAUAACGGGGUGGAGCCGGUGGUGCCCGUCCUGGCGGACGUGCACGAGGUGCAUGGCAUGCUCGCGCAGGUCGCACAGAGGCAUUUCAGAGAGCAUGCGGUGAAGGAGGUCGACACGCUCGCCUCGUUUUUGUGUGCGGUCAAAGCAAAGGCCCGCAUGUCUUCAUGAUCGUGUUCUAUUGCCUGUGCAUUUUGUCUCUCGCUCUAGGUGUAUACUAGAUACUGUAUAGUAUUAUUCGCAUCGGGAUGUUCGUCUCCUCUAGGAGUGACGCGUUGGAUCGCGGGAACCGCGGUCUUCCGUGUGUUAUUGCU